GUCCUCUUUAAUUCACCUCACUCUCUCAAGAAAGCUCUAUUGAUUCAUUGAUAGAGGGAAAAUGGAGGAAAGGCAACGCAAGCCACAUGCCAUUAUAAUUCCUUUCUGCUUCCAAGGUCAUAUUACCCCAGCUAUCAACCUUGCUCUCAAGCUUGCUUCGAAGGGCUUCACCCUUACUUACAUCCACACUGAAUUUAUUCAUCACUCGAUAUCUAAAGCCCAUAAUCACAAUUCUUCCACUGAAGUAGAUUUCUUUGCCGAAGCUCGAAAAUCUGGUCUGGACAUACAUUACAGCACGAUAUCUGAUGGGUUUCCUCCAGAAUUCGAUCGGGAUCUCAACUUCGACGAGUUCUGGGAUUCUAUGUUUCGGGAUUUCCCUGUUCGUGUUGAUGAACUUGUUGGAAAAACAAUUCAAUCCAAUCCUUCUUCUGUGUAUUUUCUGAUUGCUGACACUUUCUAUUCAUGGCCAGCAGCAAUUGCUGAAAAGUACAGUCUGGUGAAUGUUUCACUUUGGACAGAACCAGCUAUAGUGUUCGCUAUAGAUUAUCACUUGGAUCUUCUCAGACAAAAUGGCCAUCUCCCAUGGAAUGGUGAUUUAGUGCAUCAAAUAGAUUACAUACCCGGUGUUCAGCCAAUUAGCAAGAGGGACUUGAUGUCAUAUCUUCAGGACGAUGACGUAACCACGACAUUGCUCAAGAUUGUCAUCAAGGGGUUUGAGCAGGUGAAGAAGGCAGACUUUAUCUUAUGUAACACGAUCCAUGAACUUGAAUCAGGAUCACUAUCAACCCUAAAUCUAGGAAAACCUACUUAUGCAAUUGGCCCUAUAAAUUUUGAUACAACCUUCACAAAAAUUAGUGUUGCAAAAAGCAUUUGGCCUGAAUCAGAUUGCACUCAGUGGCUCAACUCCAAGCCUCCUGGCUCCGUUUUGUACAUCUCUUUUGGUAGCAUUGCUCAGAGUAAUAAGCAGGAUAUUGGGGAGAUAGCAAAUGCUCUUCUUCUAACUGGAGUAAAUUUUAUUUGGAUCCUCCGGCCAGAUAUUGCUGGCCCUGAUGAAACUGAUAUUUUGCCUGAUGGAUUCAAUAAUCGUGUAAAGGGUCGAGGGCUCAUCCUUUCAUGGUGCAAUCAAAAUAUUGUCCUUUCACACGAGUCAGUAGGUGGAUUCAUAACACAUUGUGGUUGGAACUCGGUAUUGGAAAGUAUUUGGUAUGGUGUACCCAUGAUCUGUUAUCCGUUUAUCGCUGAUCAACCUACAAACAGGAAACUAGUGGUUAGUGACUGGAAAAUUGGAAUUAAUCUUUGUGAUGGGGAGCAACUUACUAUGAAAGAAGUUGCUCAGAAGAUUAACUUGUUGAUGAGUGGAAAGACUUCCGAUGAUUUGAAGCAAGAGAUGAAGAAAGUAAGUAAGAUAAUGCACAGUGCAUUAGACAUGGAUGGAUCAUCACAGAGAAAUUUCGUUCAAUUUCUCGAAAAUUUGAAGGUAAAAUUAUAUGAGAGAAUUGAGGAAGUACCAUCAAUCGGCUAGUCUUUCUCGAAUUUUAAUCCGUUUUUAUUUAUGACUUUAUUUACAAUGAAGCACUUAAAUUGAUCUUUCCAUAAUGUAUAUCUAUCUAUUCAUUGAUAGAAAGAUCAAAGGUGCCUGCAUGUGCAUUGUGCUUCUCAAAAAUAUUUCCAGUUUA